AUGAGCGGGUCGGGUAAAACGACUCUUGCCAAGGCUGUGUAUGAUAGAAUUGUUCCAGAUUUCGACGCCAGUUGCUUUGUCGAGAAUAUUUCCUGUUACAAACAUACUGGUCCGAAUUGGAAGGUUCAUUUGCAGCGCGACGUCAUUUCUCGGUUUAAUGGAGAUGAUUAUCGGUUUCGCAGUGUUUCAGCUUCUUCAACCAUAAAAAUUUUUGUAAGAGAUCGAAAGGUACUUUUGGUACUUGAUGAUGUUGAUAAGUAUGAGCAGUUGCAAGCAUUGGGUGUUCAGGAUCCUCCCUCCUUUGGUUGGGGAAGCAGAAUACUGGUGACAACAACAAAUAAACAGUCCCUUUGUGGCCUAAGAAAAUACACUUCUUAUGAUAUAGAGUUGUUAAAUGGAUGGGAAUCUUCCAAACUCUUCACUGGGCUUGUAUAUGAAAAUGGGGAGUCUGCCGACGAGGAGUUUGUAGAUGAAAUAGUUUCUCUUGCUGGGGGGGUUCCCUUGGUUCUUGAGGUUUGGGCUCGCUAUUUCAAAAGUCAUGAAAGGAGACAAUGGCCAACAUUAUUGGAGAAACUUAGAAGAAUUCCUCAUGAAGAUAUUCAAGGGAAGCUUAAAGUGAGCUAUGAUUCACUAAGUCCAAGAGCCAAGAACUUAUUUCUUGAUAUUGCUUGUUUCUUUAAUGGAAGAUACAAGGAUGAAGUCAUCAAAGUAUUAGAGGACAAAGACAAUGCAUUCUUCCCAGAUAUUGAAAUUCAAAAUCUAAUGGAUAGAUAUCUAGUUAAACAAGAUAAGAAUCAUCGAUUGACGAUGCAUGACGUGAUUAGGGAUAUGGGCCGAGAAGUGGUACGCCAAGAAAAUGAGGAUGAUCCUAGACAACGUUCUAGAUUGGAGGAUAGCGAUGCGGAAUAUGUAUUGGAAGAUUGUUCGGGAACCGAUUCAGUUAUAAGCAUCCGGGCUCAUAUUUUGAAAUGGGAUGAAAGUGUAGGUCAGGCCUUAGCAAAGAUGAGUAACUUGAGGUUCAUAUGUUUUUACCCGCAUGAAGGUUUUCAUGAAAUAACACUUAAUACAAAUGAUGAAAUAAUGCCUCCCUUGCGUUUCAAACAUUUGAAAUACUUAAAGUGGGUUCAGUACCCUUUCAAAUGCCUCGACAUACUUGAUAUGAGGAACGUGGUGGUGAUUGAAUUGUGGGACAGCAAACUGGAAAUACUUUGGGAAGGUUUCAAGAGUAUGAAGAAGCUGAGGAUUCUACGAGUAGAAUCAUUGGAGUUAAGGAGGACAGGGAGUUUCAUUGGACUUGAGAAUCUUGAGCUCCUUGACUUGGAGGGUUGUCAAAAUCUGGAAGAGUUAGAUUGCUCUAUUGGUUGCCUCCAAAAACUUGUUACUUUAUGUCUAACUGGAUGCCAUGAGUUGAAGAUGGUCCCAUGGAAAAUGAUACACAAGUUAACGUCUCUUGAAGUACAUGACCUCCAAGUUUGUCCAAACAUUUUGAACAUCUACCAUGAACUUUGGAACCUACCCAAUAUUUCCAGCAUCAAAUAUAAACUUGAGAACACGGGCGAACUUUGGAACCCACCCAACAAUUUCAAUAUCAUAAGUCACAUUUACAAUUAUACUACUGAAGUCGUUCCAAAAGAAAAACUUGACAGCAUGGAUGGAACAUCGAAGGGGCAAGGAGAGGUCCCGACCUUCCCAAAAUUCAAAUAUAUAGAUGUAUAUCUGAUCAAGAGUCAUGAUCAAAAUUUUAAAUGGAGGGUGCAUCACUCCAUGUAG